AUGGAAUUAGACAAAGUCAUCAAUUCAUUCGUCGCAAACUCACAUCCACUCUCCGAAACAACUACAUCGAUUUCCAUACCUGUUGCUCCUGGAAGUAAUAAAAGGCGACAAUCGGCUUCAUCUCUACCAGACUCGAUGUUUUCUUCAGCAGCCAAACCACCACUGGGUCCUGGAUCAUCGUCACAACGAAGGCAAUCAGUGGAUGGGACCCGACGACUAAACACCAGCACUUUAACCAGCAAAUCACCAGCAAAAAAUAAUAGUCCAUACUAUAGAAGGAAUUCUCCUACGGGCCGACAACUACUCUCUACUUCACCGACAUCGAAAUCACGUAUACAAAAGAAAUCAGCUGCAGCCAAUAAAAAGCAUCACCUAAAUUCACCCAUAUUCACCGCCAAUGACAUGACUUUCUGGAUACCCUUUGAGGUUCCGCCCAACGGAACUAGUAAUAAGGCCAAUAAGGCCCAAUGGAACUUUUCUCCGAUAAAAACUUCACCCGACACGAUUCUUACUGGUUUACCGCUCGGGAUGAACGUGGAUCUACCAAAUAAUAGUAAUAGUAGUAAUAACUAUAAUAAACUGCUGUGCAUUGUGACUCAACUCUCCAAAAUCCCAAACAUGUUGUCAUCUAUAGCUACUGAAUUCUUUGAUAGCAAGACCGUACAAGAUCUAAUAUUUGAUAGGAGGACCGCCACAGAAGCCUCGACCCAACGGGCUCACUAUCUUGCAACGAAAUUGGGCGACAAGAUUGUCCAAAUUUCGCCAAAUGCAACCAUUGAAGAUGCUCUCCAGAUCAUGAAGGAGGAGAAAUUGCUUGCAUUGCCAGUCGCCGAACCACCACAGUCCACGUUGAAAUUCAAGUCGCUGGUAUCAAUAGAUACUUUAUUGAAGUCGGUUUUCGCUCGUGGACUCGGUCCUACUCAGAAUGAAGAUGGGUCCCCAGGGCAACGUUCACGUCUUCUCAAGGAAACUAUUGCGUCACAUCUCGCAACAGCAGACUCUCAACCUAAAAUGGUGUAUACUGAUGAACCACUCAAAAUACUCUUGCAUCGAUUGGGCACUGGCGGAGAAAAGCACGUAUUGGUGACAGAUCGCAGUCAUAUCGAUGAUGCAAACUAUUAUACAAUCGUGUCUCAAACGGACGUGCUACACUAUCUAUCGCAGAACCGAGACAAGGUUCCUGGGAUCAGCACUCCUGCAGCAAAUGUGAAGCAAUUGGUCGCGUCUGUUGGUGAACAGAAGGCACCAAUCUUGGCCAGUCACAAGACAACGGCGUUGGAGAUUGCAGAGAGCAUGGUGGAAGGGAACUUUUCUUGUAUUGGAAUUACUGGUGAAAAUGGAAAACUGAUUGCAAAUAUUAGUUGGGCCGACUAUCGUGGUCUGAACUCGUCCGUGUUUGCCUCACUCGACAAGCCAGCCUUGGAAUUCGCCGAACGGGUUCAAAGUGUGAAUCCUCGGAGCAAACAUAUCAUGAUGGAGACCAAAACAGCUACAACACAAGAAGUUAUGAAGUCUAUUCUUGAAAAUCACGUCCAUCGAGUCUGGCUUGUCGAUGACAACGCCUAUGCUGAUGGGAUUGUCACGAUUUCUGAUAUUAUAGCCUUUUUGGGCAAUGUCUGA